AUGGAAGAUUUUCAGAAAAUAACAGAAAAUGAAAUUCAGUUGAAGAUAACAGUUAAGGAAAAUAAUAAUGAUGAUGCACAUGACGAUUCGAAAUUGGAUUUAGAUGAUGACAAUUUGGAUUUGGAUGAUCACGAUGACAAAGAUGAUGCUGAUACCAAUCAUGGAGCUCAUGACGAUGAUGUUGAUGCAGAUGGUGAUGACUCAGACGACGACAUGGAUCAAGAUCAUGAUAUUGAUGAUGACGACAAUCAUAACGCUAAUGGUGCUGCUGCUGAUGAUGAUGAUGACGUUGCUGUUGUUGAUGAAAAUCAUGUCAAUGAAGAUGAUGUUGAUGACAACGAAGAUGAUGAUAAUGACAGUCAUGAAGCUAAUAAUGAUGAUGAUGUCGAUAAUGAUCCAAACGAGCCGAAUAAUGAAGAAAUUGCGAAAAAUAAACUGAAUCCAUUUGAACAAGCAUGUGCUGAUCAAGCAAACGAGAAAACACCUUCUAAAAGUGCAGAAACUGCCAAAGAACCGAAAAAUAAUCUAAGGAAACAACUUGUCUCUGACAUUCCAGUUGAAGCUUUCCAGGCAAAAAAGAAUGCUGAAAUAUAUUUGGAAGAAAAAUUACUGUUUCAUACACUUUAG